AUGUCUGAGAAAGUUCACCUAUGGCUUCUGCUGAUGCUGAUGGAUGAAUGUGACUACAGAGUGAAUAUCUUCCUGAGGCAGCAAUGGAACGACCCCAGGCUGGCCUAUAGUGAAUACCCCGACGAUUCUCUUGACCUGGACCCAUCUAUGUUGGACUCUAUCUGGAAACCUGAUUUGUUCUUCGCCAAUGAAAAGGGYGCCAAUUUCCAUGAGGUUACGACUGACAACAAGCUACUAAGGAUUUCAAAAAAUGGGAACGUAUUGUAUAGUAUUCGAAUAACACUGGUCCUGGCCUGUCCCAUGGACUUGAAGAACUUCCCAAUGGACGUGCAGACCUGUAUCAUGCAGCUGGAGAGUUUCGGCUAUACGAUGAAUGAUCUCAUAUUUGAGUGGGAUGAGAAGGGAGCUGUGCAGGUAGCAGACGGGCUGACGUUACCUCAGUUUAUACUGAAAGAGGAGAAAGACCUGCGAUACUGUACCAAGCACUACAACACAGGAAAGUUCACUUGUAUCGAGGCUGCUUUCCAUCUGGAGAGGCAGAUGGGCUAUUACCUGUUGAUGUACAUCCCCAGCCUUUUGAUUGUCUAUUUGUCCUGGGUGUCCUUCUGGUACAACAUGGACGCUGCACCUGCCAGAGUGGGACUGGGCAUUACCACCACAAACUCCCUAACCCAGAGCUCCGGCUCCUGAGCCUCCCUCCCCAAGGUGUCGUAUGUGAAAGCCAUUGACAUCUGGAUGGCCGUGUGCCUCCUGUUUGUCUUCUCGGCCCUGCUCGAGUACGCUGCUGUGAACUUCAUCGCUCGGCAACACAAGGAACUGCUGCGCUUCAGGAGGAGAAGGAGACACAUGAAGGAGGAUGAGGGCGGUGAGGGCCGGUUCAGCUUCACCGCCUAUGGCAUGGGSCCUGCCUGCCUGCAGGCCAAAGACGGCAUGGCCAUCAAAGGGAACAACAACAACGCCCCGACCGCCACUGCCGGCCCUCAGGAGAAAACGGUGGAAGAGAUGCGCAAGCUCUUCAUCGGCCGCGCGAAGAGGAUCGACACGGUCUCUCGCGUGGCUUUCCCGCUAGUCUUCCUCAUUUUUAAUAUUUUCUACUGGCUCGUAUACAAGAUCAUCCGAAGCACGGAUGUACACCAGAUGACGUAAGCAAGGGAAGAGAGAGAGUUCAAUACCACGCCAUCYUUCUCCCAAAACCAAUACUCCUCGCUCUUCACUUGCUCACUUGCUUUUGGUGGCUAUCGCCUUGGCAAAGGUAACUUAUCAAUAUUUGUUAUUUUMUUUUAUUUUCCCCCCUCUUUUCAACCUGAAUAAUCCGGACCAGUGCAAUAGCAAUGCAGUAAAAUGCAUGAUAUAUGAAUGUGGCAAUAUAUUUACAAAACGAUAAAGAAGUAAAUGUUAAGACUUUUACCGAUACAUCCGAGAACUUGGGAAUUUAUGAUAACUGAGAAUUUAAAAAGAAAGUUCUUCUAAGAAGUGUUGGUUUUAUUUUCGCAACUCAAAGAAGACAGACACUGCAUUAUAAAGAAGAAGAAGAAGAMAGUUGGGGAAACAUACAGCAUUGUAAUAUACUAUAUAUCUAUCAUAUAUUUAAAAACUGUUAUUUCUUCCAAAAGGCAGAUGUCUGGAUGGAACACGAGGGAUGGAUUUUAAAAGGAUACUAAGACGAUUUAGUGUUUCCGUUAAUAAAGUGAUGCAAGGAUCGUGUGUCCUAUAUAUCUCAAUUAGCUUCAAUGUGUUUUGCAAGCACUUAUCAACGCUCCCUGAGCCCUCAACAAAAAACGGAGAUUUCAUGUGGUUGAUGCUGCUAUCAACUAUAUGAAGGAAACUUGAUGAGUGUGGGGGGAGUGAAAAUAGUAUUCUAUUGUUUCUAACCGCUGUGGUCAACGUGUUCCUCUAUCUGUCCUUAACUUUAUUUCUCAAUUGCAUAUCGUUUUUAAUUUACGUGUCAAGUAUAUAUCAUGUUGCUGUAAUCAGCUCAAGCUCUUCUUGGGAGCUCAAGCUCUUCUUGGGAACUCUAAAUUCUAAAGGGACAUUUGCCAUCAUUCACAUAUCCUCAUUAUUGCAUUCAUUCAUUCAUUUAUCCAUGUGCUUUUUAUAAGGAUUUGGUUCUUAAAUCAAAAUAUGAUUCAUUAAAAGUGAAUCUACACUGGAAAAUCUUCUUAAAAAAAAAUAAAAAUCCAGAUUCUUCCUGAUCAUUUCAUUGAAGCUCUACUGUUAACAUUUGUUUAGUUCCUUUCAUAGCGUAUUACCCAGUUACGGUAAGAUACCCAGCAGGCGACGGAGAAAAAUKUAGUGAGUUAAGAUUAAUACAAGAAAACACCUACUGUACCUUAACAAYUAUUACCAUUAAUAUAUUUACACACAUUAAUAAUGUAGCUAAAAAACAUAUGCAUUAUUAUCAUCCUUUACUAAAUAUGCCUAAAAGAUAUUCACUCAAAAUCAUGGAAAAUAGUUUGAUACAUUAACAACAAUGAUUAACACAAUGUUUUCAUUGGUGUAUAAUGCAGUACAUGUUAUAGUAUCACAAUACUACAGUAUACUGUGAAAUUGAUUGAUUAAUACAUUUAUUCAACUAGUCAGUGGCUUGAUUUAAGAUACUGAAAUCCAUUACUUCUCACCAGGCUUUUCUAUGCAAUAAUUAAUAUAUGCAAUUAUUUUUUAAUUAGCUUUACCAUUUACAAAACAUUAUCAUGAAUCUGUUUGAACUUGUGUGCCAUCAAGUCUUUUAAUUUAAGACAUCACAGAUCACAGUGUUCAUAUUUCCAAUGGUGGACAUACAUACAAACAUACACGAGGCCUUCAUAUCUACACCCCCAAGCAUAAUGUAAACUAUUCACCCUCCUAGGCCCAUCAUUCUAAACACAUUCAUAUUCAACAACAAGCAGGCCAAGCUACAGUGGCUUUUCAUAUUGCAUAUUUAAGACUUUCUGCUCUCUGUAGCCCCACCUCUGGUACAUUGUUUACCUAGCCWAAAGUGCUGUCACCAAGCCCCAKAAAUAAAGACUACACUACUGCUACCACAGGAAGUAUGGCCUGCGACAGGAAGUAUGGCCUGCGACAGGAAGUAUGGCCUGCGACACAUCGUCAUGGAUGGGAGACUCGGACACAGUUGAAAUAAACACUUGUCGAGUGAGUUUUUGCAUUUAACUUUAAUGCCAAAUGUUAUUUUCCUCUACUUGGGUUUUUAUUCCAAACCAAAUAAGUAUUUUGUUAACCUAUGAUCAUUGCCUUCCUGGUUCGGUUUUGACUAUGAUGUCAUAAGGGGAYAGAUGCCAGAACACCUUGGCAACAGAUAUUAUGGACUGGUUCAGGAUAUUGUUUAGGUUUAGUUGUCGUAACUUAAAUUGAUUCAGUUCUUUCCAUUGACUUCCCCGUGUGUGGAUAACGUGCUUCCAUUUCUUUUUUGUGGUAAUAUAAUACUAUUCAAUUAACAAUAUUAUAUAUUUUGAUAUGAAACUUUUUCUGCUUCUUCAUCCCUGUUUUUUUUUUUUCUUCUUCUUGAAAAGUGUAAUCCGUUACUUUAACAGGUCAUAGAUUUUCGAAUGUGUUAAUGAUAGUUUGAGGUAGUUUGAUGUUUGAGGCUUGAUGGACUUGCACAAGAGAUUAUAACAAUAUUUUACAUUUCGGUCAACUAUUUCUUCAAUUCAUAUUAUCUUCCAGUAAUUCAUAUUACCUUCCAGUUGAGGCAGUAUUUGUCAAAACAUAUGUGUKUUUUCUAACAGACACAGUCCAUGGGUAAAUUGAUUUGAAGGUCUAUGUUUUUGUAGUAGUGUUGUUUUAUCCCAGCAAAUUAACUUUUCUACAUGGGGCAUACUUAUGUUAAUUUAUAAUGUUAUGCUUUACCCAACACUAUGCAUUUAUAAAAGUUAAUUGUUGGAAUGGGGUUAAAACAUAUUGGCCAUUUAAAAUAUCAGCACAGUAAUCAAUGUUUUGAAAGUGCUGAAUGAUUUGUUGAUAGAUACAAUAUUUAUUUGUUGGCUGUAAUAUUUCAGUACAGAAUUUGACCAUGAAUCUUUCCUCAGUUUUGACUWCCUCAACCAAAAAUAUCCAUUAAAUAAAAUGCUAUCCAGUGUUGAAUAUGCAACAAACUAGGAACUAGUCAUAUCAUAUACCUCCACUCAACCACCAUGAUAUUCACUCAUCCAUUCAAUAGUGAUGGAUUGAACUCUAUGCCCUGACCAUGUGAAGGAUCACUGCACUUGGGAAAAUGCUAUAUGAAUUUAUUGUAACCAAUUGCUUAUUAAGGUGCAUUAUUACUAGYGACCUGUCCAGGGCGUGUACUUGUACAUCAAGCUGCCUCAUGCUACAGAAACAGGAGAUAGGCUCCAGGGUUGGGGUCAAUUCCAAUUUAAAUUGAAUUUUAAUUCAAUUCAGAAUCGACCUGGAAUUUGAAUUGAAUACAUGGGAAAUGAAUAGGCAGAAAUAAUUGAAUUGGAAUUGAAUUUCUGGAAUUGACACUGACCCUGAUAGGCUCCUGCCCUACGGGACAAGGGGCAGGGGCUCGGACAAGGCUUACUUUGUUUAUUAUGUUAUUCAAGAUGGAAAUGACACUUACUGCUCUGACUAGACAACUUCAACAAGGUCUAACGUAUUCUAGAACACUGACACAUUCUAGAACAAGAAUUGUAUGUUUAACUUAAUUGCUCAGCAGAUCAAUGUUCAAAGUAUGGAAGUGGUAGGAAUGUUUACUGGUGGGGAAAACUCCAUUGAACAGAUAGGACUUCCUACCCUUCAUAUCAACCUGACCUAUCAUAAUGUCAAAUAUUAUUGACAAUGAAGGACGUUCAUAUAAUAUUUGGCAUAUAGGACAGUGCAAUAUGAACAUUUUUAAAGUAUGAAAUUCAACUAGCAUGUUAUGAUUUGUUAGUAAUUGCUGAUAACAACAGCUGUUUGAUUCUGUUUAUUGUAUUUUUAAUAUAUCAGAUGCCCUGGUUGUGGUGACGCACUCACCACCCAGUGAUAGAGAU